AUGAAGAAAGCGAGAGGUUUCAAACUUAGCAGGAGACUGGUGACAUCACAAGGUUGUGCCAGCAAAACAGUUUCGAAGAUGUGCAAAUGUUUACAACUCCUGAAACAGGGAGCAAAACAACUCUGUUUUGGGAAAACCAACUCGGGUUACUUCCGGGUCGGGCAAGAACCGAAUAAGAAAGUGAGUGUACCAAAGGGACAUUUGGCUGUGUACGUUGGAGAGAAGGAAGAUGACACGUGUAGAGUUGUGGUGCCUGUGAUAUACUUUAAUCACCCUUUGUUUGCUGAAUUGUUGAAGGAGGCAGAGAUGGUGUAUGGGUAUAACCAUUCGGGUGGGAUCCAAAUACCAUGUCGGAUAACCGAAUUUGAGAAUAUUUUAUCAAGAAUCGCUGCCACGGUUGGUGGUGGAAAAUAG